AGUCAUGACAGAGUCUCUCUCUUUGAGUUGAGAGACACCGCAAAACACACACAGAAAGAGCAGAGCUCCUUUUUAUUUCUUUCUCUGACGUUUGUUUUGUUUGCAUUUGUUUUCUUUUUGUUUUUGUUUUUUUAAUUAAGAAAAAAUUAGAAUCCGUUUCCUGGAAGCUUACAAGAUUUUUGGAAUUCCAUUCCCACAUACAUAUUUUCUUGCAAAAAACCCUUCUUUCAAAACAAAACCUCAUUUUCAAGUUGUUUCCACCAAACAUACCUACCUCGUGUAGAAGAUGAACAAUACGGUUUCCAGUUUGGAUUUGUAGCAUUGAUUCUGAAAGAUGGUUGCCUUCGGGAAGAAGUUAAGAGAAUCACAAAUUCAAGAAUGGCAAGGAUACUAUCUUGACUACAAGUUAAUGAAGAAGAAGCUCAACCGAUAUACACAACAAAUUGAAGUUGGAACACAAAAUCGCCACCUUGUUCUUAAGGACUUCUCAAUAUUACUAGAUAGUGAGAUUGAAAAGAUUGUCAUGUUUCUGCUGCAACAACAAGGAGUUCUUGCAAGCAAGUUAUUGAAUCUUGGAGAACAGUAUGAUUCUGUCUUACAGCAAGUAGAUGAAGCAAAAAUACCUGAACUGCAAGAAGCAUAUAGAUCAGUUGGACGAGAUCUUUUAAGAAUCCUCUCUUUUGUUGAGAUGAAUGCUAUCGGUCUGCGUAAGAUAUUGAAGAAGUUUGACAAGCGGUUUGGUUAUAGAUUUACUGACUACUACGUCAAAACUCGUGCAAAUCAUCCUUAUUCCCAGCUACGCCAAGUUUGCAAGCAAGUGGGUGUUGGGGCCGUUGUUGGAGCCAUAUCUCGAAACCUGGCGGACCUUCAAGAUUUUCAACAACAUUAUGGGAACUACAUAUCAAUAUAUGAUCAGCCUGCCUUUUCCCACCCGGAUCCUGUCCUUGAUUCUAUCAGGGCAGCAGUAAACAGGUUAUCAAACUCAACAAGUUUCCUUCAUUAUUUGGGAAAACAUGCACUUCUUAUGGGGGAUGAUUUACAAAGCCCAUCUGAGGAUCAUGCUGAUGACGGAAGAUAUCAUUUCAUGUCACUCCUCUUGAACUUGGCAAACACAUUUCUGUAUAUGAUUAAUACAUAUAUAAUUGUCCCAACAGCUGACAAUUACUCCAUGACCCUCGGAGCUGCAGCAACCGUCUGUGGUGUUGUGAUUGGAUCAAUGGCUGUUGCUCAGGUGUUCUCCUCAGUUUAUUUCAGUGCAUGGUCAAAUAGAUCAUACAUGAGACCACUGGUAUUUAGCAGCAUCAUUCUUCUUGUGGGAAAUACUUUGUAUGCACUAGCUUAUGAUCUUAAUUCAAUAUCAGUACUUCUGAUUGGUCGACUAUUCUGCGGGUUAGGUUCUGCAAGAGCAGUUAAUAGGCGUUAUAUCAGUGACUGUGUACCCCUUAAAUUGCGAAUGCAGGCUUCUGCUGGUUUUGUCAGUGCCGGUGCACUUGGAAUGGCAUGUGGGCCUGCUCUUGCUUGUUUACUCCAAACUAAUUUCAAGAUUUACAAAUUGACAUUCAACGAAGACACAUUACCUGGUUGGAUUAUGGCUCUUGCAUGGCUAAUCUAUUUGCUGUGGUUGUCGAUUUCUUUUAAAGAGCCUUCUCAUGUGACAACAGAAAAUAUUGUGCCACGGGAAUCUAAUUCUGGGAAAAUUGUAAAUAUUUCUGUGGAGAAUGGUCCUACACAACCAUUGCUGUCAAACUCCAAAGCUAAGCAAAAAUAUGGAGAUGGAGACACUGAUUGUGAUGAUGCUGAAGAAGAUCCUGCGGAAAUCCAAAAACCAGUCAAUUCAAUUGUGUCAGCAUAUAGAUUACUAACCCCAUCAGUGAAGGUUCAACUGUAUAUCUAUUUUAUGCUGAAAUAUGCAAUGGAGAUUGUACUUGCUGAAUCCAGUGUCAUCACUGGAUAUUACUUUAUUUGGUCGACUAGCAGUGUGGCAAUCUUUCUUGCAUGUCUCGGGCUAACGGUGCUUCCAGUCAACGUUGUCGUUGGAAGCUACAUCAGCAACAUGUUUGAAGAAAGGCAAGUUCUACUGGCAUCUGAAAUUCUGGUAUGCAUAGGUAUACUACUAAGCUUCCACGUAUUGAUCCCUUACUCUGUGCCUCAGUAUGUCAGCUCAGCCCUUAUAACAUUCGUGUCAGCUGAAGUCCUAGAAGGUGUAAAUUUAUCACUCCUAUCUCGAGUCAUGUCAUCGAGGCUUUCUCGUGGGACUUACAAUGGCGGACUGCUUUCAACCGAAGCAGGGACCCUAGCUCGAGUAAUCGCAGAUGGAACAAUAACACUAGCUGGGUUUUGGGGUGAGAGCAAGCUCUUGAAUACCACCCUGGUUCCUGCAUUGUUCAUCUGCGUCUCAUCCAUUGUUGCCACCUGCUUCACCUACAACUCUCUCUACUGAUUUCCAUUCCUUCUCUGUGUAUAGUGUUGCUAAGUGAAACUAGACUCGCUCAAUAUAAAUCAAUGCCAACAAUGCUUUUUCCU